UGACGCUGGGCCGUCACGUGACCGGGAGCUGCAGAGCGACGCAGCCUUCGGAGCAGUCGUCACUCCUGUCUGGGUACCAGCUCCCCGCUGCCCUGCGCACGGCGGGCUGGCAUCGGGCCCGGGGAAAGCCGAGCAGCCUUCUGCAGGUCCGCGAGUCUGUCAAGUGUUGCUGCGACGCGCUUGCACCGAGAAUCAGGAGGAGGAGACAGCAAGGAUAGGCCCAGGAGCAAUGGCGUCCAAAGAGGAACAAGUGCUAAAAAAUUUCAGCAUGGAAAAUGCCAACGAGGGAAAUGAAAAAAAGGGUGAAAAGGAGCAAGGUGUUAAAGGAGAGCCUUUGGCCCUCCCUGUGGAAGCUGGUGAUAAUUGCGUACCUAGAGGAAAUCGUAGGCGGUUCCGUGUGAGGCAGCCUAUCCUGCAGUAUAGAUGGGACAUGACUCAGAGGCUUGAAGAGCCACAGGCAAGGAUGAGAGAAGAGAAUAUGGAAAGGAUUGGGGAGGAGGUGAGGCUGCUGAUGGAAAAGCUGAGGGAAAAGCAGUUGAGUCAUAGUCUUCGGGCAGUUAGCACUGACCCCCCUCACCAUGACCAUCACGAUGAGUUUUGCCUUAUGCCUUAAAUCCUGAUGUUUUCCCUGAAGUUAAUAAGGAGACACACCUACUUCCUAAACUUAAAUAUUCAUGAUGUACCUUUGUUGUAAACUUUUUGAUGUCUGUCAUUUCUGGUGGACCUCAUACUAUCAACUUCUAGUUAAAUGUGUUUUUGACCCAGUCUGUAAGAUUUUGUUAGCAGAAUUUUACCUAUUGCAUGGCAAGAUGCUUAUUAUAUAUUGUGAAGUUAAUAAAGCAGUUUUAAAAAGCAA